GCUAAAUCCCCAGCCCCACAGCUUCUUAACAUAGGUAGUAAAAUGCAGGUAAGUGGUUCCUGCCUGCAGUAGUCAGUGGUGGGUUGCAGUUUAGCUAAUCUCCAAAGCCAUAAAUAGCAGAGUACUUCAGACUGCACAUCCAUCUAGGGCCAUGUUCGAGUGAUUAAUGUGACUCCAGAGAGAUGGGCCUAUUGAGUCCAUACUGAAUUUCAUGGGCCUACUGUUCCUGCAACAGAAGAAUCCCUGACAACACAGGGAGCUGGGGAUGUAGCUCAGCAGUAGGCGCCUGCCUGGCAAGUGCGGAGUCCUGAGUUCAAUCCGCAGUACCAAAGAGAAAAAAGAAAAAAUUAAUUUCGAGCCGGGUGUGGUGGCUCAUGUCUAUAAUCCCAGCACUCAGGCUGAGGUAGGAGGAUCCUUGGGAGUUUGGGACUAGCCUGGGCUACAAAGGGAGCUCAAGGCCAGCCUGAGAUGCAUACAGACCCUGUCUCAAAAAAAAAAAAAAAAAAAAAGAAAAGAAAAGAAAAACAACAUGGGCUCCUGACAUCACAGAGAGACAGGGAAGCAGUGGUUAGGGUAGGUAGAAUGCCCCUGCAGCAUUUUCACAUGUCCAGUAAACCAUUUUAUAGAACUCGCCUGUAACUAGGUUCAGCAGUAUGCCACUGUUGAGUGUGGUGGCACAUGUCUGCAAUCUCCACAUUUAGGAGACUGAGGUAGGAAAAGCACUGUGAGUUUGAGGCCAGCCUGGCUAUGUAGAGAGCUGAAGGGUGGUCUGAACUACAUGGUAGACCCUGUAACAACAACAACGACAAAAUACAAGUGUAUUGUCUGUAAUUUCAGCUGCUUAGGAGCCUGAAGCAGGAGGAUUGUGAGUUAAGGGCAGCCUGGGCUGCCUAGAGAGUCAAAGGCCUCAGUGUAUAAAGUCAGGGCAACACACACACACACACACCAGAAUGCUGUCAUCCUCUGACAUGGGUGUCUUUUAUUUUUUUGUGAUGCUGAGAAUGGAGCCCAGGGGCUCAUGUGUGGGUGGCAAGUGCUCUUUUACUGAGCCACACUUUCAGCCCAUUAAUACACCCUUGCUUUCCUUUCUUUCAAGUCAAAGAAAAAAAUUGUUUUACUGGUUUUUGAGUUUGGGCUUUUUGUUUGUUUGUUUUUUGGUUUUGCAGCAGGAUCUCAUUGCUAAGUAACUAGGGUGGCCCUGAAUUUGUGAUCACUGCUCCAUCUUCCUGGUAGCUGGGAGCAGAGGUGUGAACCAUCAUCCUUAGCCUGAUACAUCCUUAAAACCUUAGAACCACCCUCUGGAUCCACUAGCCUGUAUUUUACUCUGGAGUGCAAUUUUAUGUAAAUUCUGUCUUGCACUCCUGUGUCCAAGGGGAUGAACUGAGUAUACCAAAGAGAUUGUUUCAUCAUAUAAAUACUAAGCUCUGGACUCCAGCUAGCAAGGCUUGGGUAUCACAUUUCCACUCUUCUGUGAUUCAUGACUUAAUUAGUUCUGUAGGAAUGUGUGCAAAUUUUAUGAAAGUUGGACCCUAACUUACUCUUAAAAGUUCUCAGAGGGCUUUUGUUUCAUAGCACAGCUCUGCCAGCUCUGUUACUGAGCGUUUAUUAUAGGAGACACUGAAUAGCAGCAGAAGUGUGCUGGCUGGUGGGUUCCCACUUGAGCAGAUUGGUAACCAGCAGUGAAAGGGACCCAGGUGGGAGUCAGCAUGGUACUGAACUGCUGGUCUAGAGCUGACCUGUGUGCCUUAGGACCCAGGACUGUUUCUGGGUCCAGCAGCAUGGAGCAGGGGGCAGACAUAUGCACUUCAAAGCUCUGUGGUGUUUGUGGAAUUGCUCAUCGUUUCAGGCUGGCAGAGUGGGUGCCUGGGUGCUCACUGGAGAGCGGCCUGGUGAGUGAGCAAAGUGAGUGUUCUCUACCAGUCCCACACGGGUCCUUUCUGGGACUCCUUUUGUCUGAGGAUCAAAACAAACCAACGGCUCUGUUGUUCUUUUAGGCAGAAUCUUGUUAUGCAUCCCAGGCUGGCCUCACAGUCAUAGUCUUCCUGUCUUGUUUGUGUGCUUGUGACAGAAUCUUGCUGGGUGGCCUCAAAUUUGCACCUCAUAUGCUGAGACAGGAGUGCUACCAUACCAGUUUAAACCAGUGGCUCUGAGUGGAUGGCAGCCUUUUUCACGGGUGGGGGGGACCAGGAAUUGAACUCGGGGCCUCGUGCUUGUCAGGCAGGCACUAUGCUGCUGAGCUACAUCCCCAGCCCCAUUUUAAAUAACCAAAACCAAUAUACAUAUAUGGUUUUGGUCCUAAGAAUCCAACUUAGGACCUUGUAUUUGCCAGGCAGGCACUUACGCUGCUGAGCUAUAUCCUAGCCAUGGAAAGUGGUCUUUCCCCUGAGGGCAUCUGACAGUGCUUUUGGCUGUCAACAGUUGGCAGAGGCCAGAGGUGCUGCAGGCUUGCUGUGGCAGUGCUGGUGAGCCUACCGCACUGUGCUGUAGUGGGCUGACUGUGUCACUGAGGGCUCUAAAAACUUCGUCAGCCCUGCCCUGUAUGGAGCAAGACACCCCAAUAACCACAAUAGAGGACCAUCCCAGCCCUAGGGGACUGGAUCUUGUCUGUCAGGUGGACGUAGGGGACAUGGUGGCCUUUUAGCUAUUUAGAUAUUUAUUUUUAGCAAUACUAGAGAUUGAGCCCACAGCGGACAUUAACAUUUUCAAAAACAGCUUUACUGAAAUAUAUUUCAUAUACACUAUAGCUCACUCAUUUAAAAUGUCUAAUUUCAUGUUUUCAGUGUAUCUACAAGGUUAUAUAAUUAUCACCAAAAUCAAUUUUAGAAUACUUUUAUUUCCCCUCAGGAGAAACUGCACACCAUUGGUAGUCACUUCUCAUUUUUUCACUAGGAUCUUUAUUCAUUCAUUUUUGUAGUAUGGGGGACUGAACCCUGAGCCUAUGCCCCCAGCCCUUCUUGUAUUUUUUAAUUUUGAAUCAGGGUCUCCCUAGAUUGCCCAGGCUGGGUCUGAAUUUGCGUUCCCCCUGCCUCAGCUCUCAGAGUACUGGACUGACAAAUGUGUGACACUAUACCUGGCUCAUUUGAUUUUGUCUGUAUAAUUUUGGAUUUUUUGUAUACCACUGUAGACAGUUGAAUUAUAUGAGUUUUUUUGUUUGUUUUUGUGUGUGUGUGUGUGUGUGUGCUGGGGAUGGAACUCAUGACCUCGCGCUUGCCAGGCCGGCGCUUAAGCCACUAAGCUAAAUCCCCAGCCCCAAGAUUCUUUUUUUAAGACAGGCUCUCAUGUAACCCAACUGGCCCUGAACCUGACCAUCCUCCUGCCCAGUCCUGAGUGCCAGGAUUCUGACAUGUUGUGUGCUGGCUCACUAGGUCACACACUUGUGUCCCCUUAAAGUCUAAUGGGCAGGGCCAGGGCAUUCUUUUUGAUUGAGGGCUCAGUGUGUAGCGCUGGGGACCUUGCAGGGGGCCUUGGACUGCCUCAGCCUCCCCAGGGGUUACAGGUGUGUGCCACUUCGCCCAGCUAAGGCUCUCGGUGAGGACUGCCUGAACCCGCCAUGCAGAGCUGCUGGCCACGUCUGCAGAGCUGUCAGGCGCCCUGUGGAGCUUAAGCAUUGUAAGCAGAGUUGAGUUGGAAAUGUGUGCUUAUUUUUGUCUCAGCUAUGUUCAUUUCCCAGGUUGGGCAUUGCUCAGAGCACUGGGCUGAACAGGGCGCAGCUUGCCUGGACACGUGUCCCAACAGCAUCGUUGUGCAUGAAGACAGAGCCCCUCUGGCUGCCUGAACACCGCCUUGUCCCUGCUGCACUCCCCUCCAGCCGGUGCCCGGAUGCUCUGCAGCCCCGGGAGCGCGGCUCGCUGCCAGAGCAAAUUGGCACUUCAGCUCACAAUAGGGAAGUUGGGAAAGCUGCAUUUCUCUGAGGCGCUUCCAGGUGACGGGCGCUCUGGGUGACAGGGCAGAGCGGUUCAGCCACCAUGAGCUGGAGCUUCCUGACACGCCUGCUGGAGGAGAUCCACAACCACUCGACCUUCGUGGGGAAGAUCUGGCUCACGGUGCUCAUCGUCUUCCGCAUUGUCCUGACGGCGGUGGGGGGCGAGUCCAUCUACUACGACGAGCAGAGCAAGUUUGUGUGCAACACAGAGCAGCCAGGCUGCGAGAACGUGUGCUACGAUGCCUUCGCACCGCUGUCGCACGUGCGCUUUUGGGUGUUCCAGAUCAUCCUGGUGGCCACGCCCUCUGUGAUGUACCUGGGCUAUGCCAUCCACAAGAUCGCCAAGAUGGAGCACGGUGAGGCCGACAAGAAAGCAGCUCGGAGCAAGCCUUAUGCCAUGCACUGGAAGCAGCACCGUGCCCUGGAGGAGACGGAAGAGGACCACGAAGAGGACCCCAUGAUGUACCCAGAAAUGGAGUUGGAAAGUGAGAAGGAGAAUAAAGAGCAGAGCCCGCUGAAGCCCAAGCACGACGGCCGGCGGCGCAUCCGAGAGGACGGGCUCAUGAAGAUCUACGUGCUGCAGCUGCUGGCCAGGACGGCAUUCGAGGUGGGCUUCCUGAUAGGGCAGUACUUCCUGUACGGCUUCCAGGUGCACCCCUUCUAUGUGUGCAGUCGGCUGCCGUGCCCCCACAAGAUUGACUGCUUCAUUUCCAGGCCCACUGAGAAGACCAUCUUCCUCCUGAUAAUGUACGGUGUCACGGGCCUCUGCCUGCUGCUCAACAUCUGGGAGAUGCUGCACCUAGGGUUCGGGACCAUCCGGGACUCCCUGCACAGUAAGCAGCGGGAGCUUGAGGAGCCGGGUGCAUACAGCUACCCUUUCACUUGGAAUACACCCUCCGCUCCCCCUGGCUACAACAUCGCUGUCAAGCCGGAUCACGUCCAGUACACAGAGCUGUCCAAUGCAAAGAUCGCCUACCGGCAGAACAAAGCCAACACAGCCCAGGAGCAGCAGUACGGCAGCCGCGAAGAGCCACUCCCGGCCGAGCUGGAGACACUGCAGCGUGAGAUCAGGCUGGCGCAGGAGCGCUUGGACCUCGCCAUCCAGGCCUUCCACCACCAGACCCACCUACCAGCUGCCAGGGAGAAGAAGGCCAGGACUGGCUCCAACAAGAGCAGUGCCAGCAGCAAGUCGGGGGAUGGGAAGACGUCAGUCUGGAUCUGACCUAGGGCCUCUCCAGCCUGGCUGCUCAGCAGCAGCUCGGCACCACAGCACCCCAGCAGCGGGCUGGUGGUGGGUGGCAGCAGGCUUGGUCUGCGGGGCAGGCCCAUAGAAGAGGAGGCACACGUGUUCCUGGGCCACUGCCACCCGCCUGCCGCAGGGACACAGGUCUUCGUCCUGAGGGGAAAGGUUUCAAUCAUUCUUGUGGAGCAGUUUUGUAUGUACAGUAUUAUGGCACUUUUUUUAAAACAUAAAAACUUUUUUGUAUUUGCCCCUUGAACUACUGUAGUUACUUUUUUAUAUUAAAAAAGAAAUCCUUACCAGGAAAUGCCCAAGAGGCUGUGUCCCACUCUGUUAGGCUGUGCAGUGGCGCUGGGUUGCAGCCGCGCUCACCGCCUCAAGUGCCUCCUACAGACUCUGGCCUGCAUCGGGGGAAGCAAGGCCUUGCCAUCUGAGGAUACAGGCUGCACGUCCCUGCAACCAGAGCUAUCGUCAUCCUUCCAGAGGCCUCAGAGGGGUCCCUUGCUUGUUUCGGAGCCCGGCUGCCAAGGGGGUGCACCCCACUUUGCCUUAUUCAUAGAGAGCUGCCCUGCAGUGGACCCUGGCAACACUCUCACGAGAGAAAUGCGUGACUGCCUAGAGCCCGUGGGGCAGACCCAGGCCCUCUCUCAUGCUGUGACCCUCCAGGGGCUGUGGCUAUGGUCUCACUCAGCCAGGCAUCCUCCCAGCCCUGUGGCCACCCAGGGCCUCUGCUCCCUGGGGUUUGUGACCAAGUUGCUGCAGGCCAACUCUGACCUUACAGUUCUGGAAGUACUGUUGUCUGUCGCCUUUAUGAAGCACUGGUUCUCCGUUAUGUAAGAUAUCAGAAUAUACCCUUCAAGAUUUCCAUGGUUUCUAUCAGUCUGCAUUUGUUGCUUACGAAAAAAUUUUUUUUAAUCUUUUAGUCAUUCGUACAUUUUUUUUGUUUUUUGUGUUUUUAACCUUUAGUGUGGAAAAGUUCUUGGGGGCUUUUAUUUUUGUUUUGCAGUAUUAGAGAAUGAACCCAGACAGUUCGUACCACUGAGGAUAGCCGUGGCCUGGGUCAUUUAGAGCCGAGAUCUCACCAAAGUGCUGGCCUGGAAUCGCAGGUCUACACCUCCGCCACUGCAGGUCCCAUGGGCAUCUUUGGACCUUGAACUCAGGUGAGACAGGAUGCCAGACAGGGAUAGGCAAGGUGCGAUCGAAAAAUGGGAACGACUCUGUUUUGUGUUUAAAUUUAUGACAGUGAAGGGCCCACAGUCUUCUCCCCAGAAGUCCUUGGCCUAGGCUGUCAGGGCGCUCUCCCCAGUGUCCUGGCUGCCCACCUUCUUGGUUGAUCCAAACCACUUCCCUCUGCUCAUUUUCACUCGGGGAGGAGCCAGGGAGUUGGUGCCAAGGGCUGGUUUCUCAGCUGCCCCUGCCAGGGACAGACUGGGAGAGACCAGAAUGGGUAAGGUCAGGAUGGUAUGGGAAGCGUGUGUCUUUCCCUGUAAUGGUAGAGAUUUAAAUAUUUAUGGUAUAUUUUGAUCACACCUUUACAUGCAUAAGUGGUGGGAGUCGGCAUGUACCAUGUCCUCCAGUUGCGGUGGUUCACAUGGAGAUGCCUGCUCCAAGGAGGCCGUACCCCAUGGCCCACAAAAACCACUCUUCCCGCACUGCUGCCCACCCAGGACCUGGGGAGGCCUGGGAAGCCUGCGCAGAGGUGGGAGGGCCCAGUGGAAAUGCAAGGAAGUUCCGGCCAGGCUGCGCAGGGAGUGGCUCAUUGUACACUGCGCCACGGGCCGGCUCCAGUCCAGUUUUCGAGAACCGAGCUGGGACCUGGAGCCCAUGGCCCCCUCAUCACACCCUGUGAGGCCUCCAUUCUCUGUGAAGCUUUAAUUCUGACUGACUUUGUGCCCCUGCCGCCUUCUCUUCACCUCUCUUCAGGCCUGUAAACAGAGGCGUCUCCAGCACCAGCUUCCCUGCAUGGCCAGGCUGGAGCAUUGUAAGUUCAGGCCAGCCUGGGCAACUCGGCCAGAACCUGUAUCAAAGUAAAAGAGGAGCGGGGCUGUAGCUCAGCCCCCCUGGAUUCAGUCACUAGUACCAUAAACAAAAGCUUGUCUGUGUCCACUCGACCCGUCACCAGGCUCCACAGCGGGUGAGAUCCCAGCCACUCUGACACAUGGAAGACGACGGUGCUGAACUUUUGUCCAGCCAAGUUUGGCAAAGGCCAGAAAUGUUUUCCUAAGGCUGCCGUAGUCACUGCCUUUAGCACCAAGGCCAUUCCCUCUGUGAAGGCCACACCUGACCGAUGCUCCCGUGUAGAAUCCAACCCCCUGGAAGACCCAGGCCCCUGCACUGUGCAGUGCAGUUAGGAACAAGAUCCCAGCCCACCUGUCUCUCACUCAGUUCCCACUGACUCCCACACUUCUGUGUUAGAGGAGCAAUGCAGAGCCAUGUAUGGUGCUGCACACGUCAUCCCAACCUCAGGAGGCUGCGGCAGGAGGAUCACUGAGUUUGAAGCCAGCCUGGGCUACGUAAUGAAACCAUGUCUCAGAAAAACUUCAAAAGAAGAAAACGUAGCAGGGAGCCACAUUCGGGAGCCGAGUAAGAGGCCCAUUCCGCUGUGAAAUUGAUGGAGAUGGAACCUUUCCAGCUGGGCUCCUGGUCCAGGGGGCUGUGAGCUCCCAAACCCCAGCUGCUGUCCUCUGACAAGGCUCUACCCUCAGCCCGAUCGGGCUGGCCCCAGCCACUUCCCUUCCUAGUCUGUGAAAGUUGUGUGAAGACCCAGGUAGCCUGGCCCACCUUGGGGAACACGCAUCCCAAAUACAGUGGAGAACCCCC